AUUAGGAUGAGGGUAAGGAGAGGUGUGCUGUCUACAGGCCAUCUGUCUGCCGAGUGGACAGUCGAGCGCUCACUGCUGCUGUAAAUGGAGACAAGGCUUGAGUUGGAUGUUCUGAUUUAUCCAGAUGAAGUGAGGGUUGCUACUCCGGAGGAUGUGAGGGACUGGGAGCUGGAGACGGCCAGCCAGGUGUCCAUACCGACCGUCCGGCUGUUCGUGGCUCUUUACCCCUACAAUCCUGCUGCCAUGUCCCCCAACCCUGAGACGGCUGCAGAGGAGCUGCCCUUCGUGCCAGGCCAGAUAAUCAAGGUGUUUGGGGACACAGAUGCUGAUGGUUUCUAUCACGGUGAGUCCGGUGGUCUCUCCGGUUAUGUACCAGGUAACAUGGUGGCUGAAAUCCCCGUGGACGACGAGUACCUGAAGCAUUUACUCAUGCAGCAGGGGUUCCUCCCUGUCGACCACACAGGUAUGUCUCUAAUGCCAAGUCUGAGUGACGUGGCCAGCAUCCCCGACGAUGUGGUUGUUCGACGAAUGGUGGCCUUAUUUGACUACGAUCCGUGGGAGAGUUCGCCCAACAUGGACAGUGAAGUUGAACUCGGCUUUCGGUCCGGAGACAUCAUAUAUGUGCUGGGUAACAUGGACCAGGAUGGAUUUUACUAUGGCGACCUUCACGGACGACGAGGUUUGGUUCCGUCGAACUUUCUGCAGCCGUUACCCUGGGAGUAGAAGAAAACCCCGUGCUAAGAUGUUUGCUGCAAAUGCCAAGUCUCAGACACAGUGAGAUAUCAGCUAAUUUUAUUUAAAGAAUAGCUAAAAGGACAUUUUAUGUGUCAAAAAAUAUGUAUUUUUAUAUUUUUAUACCAUAGUAUGGCCCUGCAUCUGCUUUAGAUUGUGAGUAAAUGAGGCUAAUGACCCCAGUGUUACCAGUAAUGAUCAUGAUGCUGCAAAUGAUUGCCAGAUAUUUUCUUUAUUCAAAAAAUUUAACACAAAUUACAAAUCAUUUUGUACUAAAAAAUACAAAAAUAUACAAAUAGUGUGUAUUUUAAAAAUCAAAAACUAUGUUAAAAAGAACAUUUUACUAUAAUUUUGUUUCCGCUUUCUGGGCCUUCACAAAAAGCAACGAUGGAAUUAACAAAUUAAAAUACAUGAUGGCAACGGAUAGAUUAUGUUAGCCUUAAUAAUCCAGUUUAAAUCUCAGAGUUUUACAGACCACAGUGUAUUAAUGUAGUACGUUCAUUUUUGCCUUAUAUGCUAAUUACAUAUUUUCUACAACUGGCUCAUUUAUAUUCCUUUGUUUUUGAGUUUUGUAGCAAUUUUUAUGAAGCAAAACAAUAAAUCAUAACCGAAACUUUGUAUUCAGGAAACAAUUAGUGUUUUAAUCGUGCAAAAAAUGGAAUAAAACAUCUUGAAUUCUUA